AUGAUGUUGCCAUGUUUUGUCUGCUUAUUGCAAUGUGUUCUUGAAAAGACAGUAUGUUUGGUUUCUAAACUGGUUAAUUACAUUUUCGUCUCUAUUUAUGGUUUCGGUUGCAAGAAUGAAAUACUUGUUUUAGGUUUAACUUUUUGUCCGAACGCUUGCUUAAACCGUAAUGCUCAAGUAAGGCCAAAGUAUUUCUUAACAACCGAGAAAAACGAGUGGAAUGUGGUCAUUCUUGCUGCUGUUUUGCUACCCAAUCAAUUUUUUUCCCAUGUUCGGAUCUUCUCUCUUUGCUAUCUCUCAUUUCUUGCUGGUACUUGGGCUUAUAUCUACUCCGGUUCCUGUAAUAACAUCAUGA